AUGACGGUUUCUGCCAGGGCCGAAAAGGAGCCACUGCUCAACAGAUCCAGAAUCUGCAGCACGGCGCCAAACUCCCUGGUGAUCCAGUUCCGGAUCUCGAUCGAGACCAGCGAGUCCAGGCCCUCCUCGCGCGGCAGCAUCAGCACGCCCGCCGCCUUGUCCAGCAGCGCAUCCACCACGACCGCGUGCGCCUCCGCGUACGACGCCGCCCUCUUGAGCGCCGCGCCGGGCGAUAUGCUCGCCGCCGCAGCUGCCGCACCACCACCACCACCACCACCACCACCACCACCGUCGGCGGCGGCGCGCAGCUCUCUCGCUCUUGCCCGCAGCGGUGCGAACUUGGCGUCCGCGGACCAGAACGUCGCCGGCGCCGACGGGCUCAGCCGCAGGCCCGAUUUCCUUCUCGGAGAUGGCCUCGCCGCCGAUCUGCUUGAGGACCUGCUGCUGGCGCUCGGCGUUCUCGGCAAGGUAGCCGGUGUCGCUGACGGCGGCGAGGUCGAGCGAGGCACCCGGCAGGCCCAGGGCGCGGCGGUGGCGCACCAGGCUGUCGAGGAAGGUGUUGGCCGCGGCGUAGGCCGACUGGCCUUGGUUGCCGAUUAUGCCGGCGACGGAGCCGAGGGCGAUGAAGAAGUCGAGCUGGUGGGCAACAUCGCACCGAGAGACGGAAACCUUGGCUCCGUGUGCAGCGUCGGCCUCCUUGAUCAUCUCAGCCACCUUGGGCGAGACGGUGUCGGAACGAGACACAACAACCAAGUGCCUCGCCCCCUUUUCCGCCAUCCACUUGAUGAUACUGCGGCCGAUUCCACCCGUCCCGCCGACAACAAUAUACGUAGCAUCAGCCUUGAACAGCCGAUCAAAGGUUCGCGGCGAGUACGUCGCCUUGACCAGGUCGCCCGGCGCGGCGGUCACCAGGAUCUUGCCGUGCGCCUUGCCGGCCUGCAGGGUGCGGAAGGCGGCCUCGACGUCGGAGACGCUGAAGAGCGUGACGGGCGAGAUGGGCCGGACGGCGCCGUAGCUGAGCAGGCGAAAGACGUCGUCGAGCAGGCGGCGCAUGACGCGCGGGCGCUCCUUGGCCACGAGGGUCAGGUCCACGGACGCAAAGGUGGCGUUCCGGUCAAAGACGGCCAUGGCCAGGCCGGCGUUGGCCAGGAUGCUGCGCUUGCCGAUCUCGACGAAGCGGCCGAACGGGGCCACGCACUCCCACGUCUCGCGCAGCGCGUCGCCCGCCAGCGAGUUGAGCACCACGUCCACGCCCCGUCCGGCCGUGGCGCGCUGGACGGCGGCGGCAAAGGACGCGUCGCGGCUGUAAAAGAUGCGGUCGCCGCGCACGCCGUACGUGUCCGUCAGGAAGGCGCGCUUGGCGGCGCUGCCGACGGUGGCGUAGACGUCUGCGCCGACCAUCUGCGCGAGCAUGACGGCCGCCUGCCCGACGCCGCCGGCCGCCGCGUGGAUCAGCACCGACUCGCCCCUGCGCAGGUUGGCCACGUCAAAGAGCCCGUAGUAGGCCGUGGCGAAGACGACGGGCACGGUGGCGGCCGACUCGAGCGUCAUGUCGUCGGGUACGAGCGCGGCGCUGGUGGCCUUGCAGCGCGUGUAGCUCGAGUAGGCGCCCUCGGAGCUGGCGCAGACGCGGUCGCCCAGCUUGAGGUCGUGGACGGCCACGCCGACGGCCGCGACCACGCCCGCGCACUCGACCCCCAGGUACGGGGACGGCACCUCGCCCAUCGACACCAUGAUGUCUUUGAAGUUCAUGCUCGUGACCUGGACUUGGAUGAGGAUCUCGUCCGGGUUCAGCGGGCUGGUGGGCGUGUUGACCAGGUCGUCGGUGAAGUGCAGCGUGUCGAGGGCUCCUUUGGUCCCGGCCACGAGCUUGAGUGGUCUGCCUGGCUGGUGGAAUGGUUGCGGGUAAGGGGCUGUUGCGACGUUGGUGUGCUGCUCGACAAAGGCGUCGAGGGUGGCGUCGUUGCUGACGCGGGCUACGCUGAGGAUGCCGUCUCUGGCCUGGAACUCCAUGUCUGGGUCGCCGUCUUGGAUAGGAUCUUGGCCGGCGUUGGGCCUCUUGCCAAAGACGUGGCAGGCAACCUCGGCGAUCAAGUUGCUUUCUUCAGCGGGAUCCCGACUGGCCCUGCCGUCCAAGUCCAGUGUGGCAAACUUGAUGCCUGUUUCGGACCGCACGGUUCUUGCCAGACCGAAUACCAUGCCGAGCCGGGGAUCCGUAGAUUCGGUGUGGGCCCCUCUCACGACCCAGAGGAUGCCCUUGGCAUUUAG